CCUGUGGUAAAAGCAAUAUGGCGGCCUACAUGGACGCUGUUGCUGGGCUACCCAAAAACAUAGUUCUAAUGGUCUCUUGAUAACUUAAAUAUGAGAUGUCACCGUUUCUCAUACUUUUAAACAUCUUGAGGUAUGUUUAAGUCUYUGUUCAAAAGGAAAAAGAGCGAUCCCGAAAGUGCAAAUGUGCCAAACGAUUCCCAGGGGACGACGGAUUCUCCAGCACAACAACAACAAGAAUCACCGAUCGAUGAAGUAUUGCAUAAAUUGUGCGAAGAUUUAGACCCUUGGGACAGCGAAAAUUAUUCAGUCACUGUUACUGAGGCACAGUACCUUUGGGCUYGCUACAAGCAACUCCUUCAAGGCAACAACAAACUCCUCACCGACAAUGUCUUGACACAGGAGCCUUUUGCUUCAAACUAUCUUCUUCAGCAGAUCUGGACAACAAUCCCAAGAGAUGAAAAUGGAUUUGUGACUUUUCCAUCUUUCUUUGGUGUCAUUAAGUGGUGGCAAACUGUUGAUAGGGAAACAAAAUUGAGAGGAAUAUUCAAAUUAAUCAACAAAACUCAGCCACUUGAUGUUGAAAAUCUURAAUGGAUUUUCUUAAAACUGGAUGCAACUCAAAAUGAGGAAACUGCUGGCCAAAAGGCUGAUCUUUUCAUGUCACAUGUAGACACUAAAAAUCAAGGUUUUGUAGAUGAAGAGCAGUGGUUACAGGCACUGAGCAGRCUUUCAAAUGAAGAAAUUGAUGACUUAACUAAAGUGAAUAUUCUUCCAAUGGAUCCAGAAUCAUCUAGUCAAGUUUUACCAUCACUAAGUCCACAUUCUCCACUCCCUGAAGACAUGAUUAUCACCAUUUCAAGCAAGAUUGGCGAGAGAGACUGGAAGCCAUUAGCAGACAAACUUGGCUUCAAUGAAAAAGAAAUCAAGUUGAUUCAACGUCAAUACCCAAACAGAUCACGUGAACAAACAUUYCAAAUGUUAAGAARUUGGAAUGAGAAAGACGGAGCCACUAAACAGAAGUUGGACUUUGCUUUACGGAGAUGUGGAAUGGAUGAUGUUUUGUUCACCCUUCAGAAUGAGUGAUUUAAUYCUUUAUGGAAGAAUUUUUGUAGAAAAUAUCCCUCUCAGCCUUUG